GCCGACGAAAAAGACAAGGUGUAUGAGUACGAAGGCAGUGACGUGGAGGAUGACGAGUCGCCCGCCCCGCCUCCGCCCCCACCACCACCUGCACAAUCCGCCGUUGUUGCUACUUCCAAAGAUCCCUUUGCUGCACCUUUUGGUGGUGCUGGCGCAGCAUUUGCACAGCAUCGCGCCGCCUUCAUUCACCAACAACAGCAACAAGUGGCACGCGGGUCUCGUCCUAGUGCUAUUUCAUCGCGAGGUCAGCCUCAACCCUCCUUCCUUGCUGCGCAGUCACAACACAGAGGUAUACCACCACAGCAGCAUCUGGUGCAGCGCUCGGGUAUGUACCGACCUCCUCCGGCCGUCCAACAGCAACAGCCUCAGCAGCAGCAUCGGAAUUCGCAGGUUUUCAAUGGAGAAGGUGGGACGCGUGGCUCAGUGAUCGAGGCGCCGGGAGAACCGAGCACCGCGGUGGCAGCAGAGGAGCAUACACUGAGACAGAAGUUUGCCCGCUUCCAGGUGCGUUUCAUUGCAUGA